AUGGCUACGUCUAUCCUUGGGGAAGAGCCACGAUUUGGAACCACACCCUUGGCCAUGCUGGCCGCCACCUGCAAUAAGAUCGGCAACACGAGCCCGCUAACCACCCUGCCGGAGUCGAGCGCCUUCGCCAAGGGCAGCUUCCACCCCUGGAAACGCUCCACCUCCAGCUGCAACCUGGGCUCCAGCCUGUCCGGCUUCACCGUGGCCACCAGCCGCGGCUCCAGCGGGCUCGCCAGCGGCAGCGGCACAGCCAACAGCGCCUUCUGCCUGGCCUCCACGUCGCCCACCUCGUCGGCCUUCAGCAGCGACUACAGCGGCCUCUUUUCCAACUCGGCGGCCGCGGCGGCGGCAGCGGCGGCGGGGGUGUCUCCCCAGGAGCCUGGCGGCCAGUCGGCCUUCAUCUCCAAAGUGCACAGCUCGGCGGCGGAGAGCCUGUACCCGCGGGUGGGCAUGGCGCACCCCUACGAGUCGUGGUACAAGUCCGGCUUCCACUCCACGCUGGCGGCGGGCGAGGUGGCCAACGGGGCGGCCUCCUCGUGGUGGGACGUGCACACCAACCCGGGCUCGUGGCUGGAGGUGCAGAACCCGGCCGGGGGCCUGCAGAGCUCGCUGCACUCGGGCGCCCCCCAGGCCUCGCUCCACUCGCAGCUGGGCACCUACAACCCGGCUGACUUCAGCUCGCUCACGCACUCGGCCUUCAGCUCCACCGGCCUGGGCUCCACCGCGGCCUCGCACCUGCUCUCCACCAGCCAGCACCUGCUGACCCAAGAGGGCUUCAAGCCCGUGCUGCCCUCCUACACGGACUCCAGCGCCGCGGUGGCCGCCGCCAGCGCCAUGAUUUCGGGGGCCGCGGCGGCGGCGGCGGCGGGCGGAGGCUCGGCGCGCUCCGCCCGGCGCUACUCGGGCCGGGCCACUUGCGACUGCCCCAACUGCCAGGAGGCUGAGCGCUUAGGGCCGGCGGGGGCCAGCCUGCGGCGCAAAGGGCUGCACAGCUGCCACAUCCCGGGCUGCGGCAAGGUGUACGGCAAGACGUCGCACCUCAAGGCGCACCUGCGCUGGCACACGGGCGAGCGGCCCUUCGUGUGCAACUGGCUCUUCUGCGGCAAGCGCUUCACGCGCUCCGACGAGCUCCAGCGGCACCUGCGGACUCACACGGGCGAGAAGCGCUUCGCCUGCCCGGUCUGCAACAAGCGCUUCAUGCGCAGCGACCACCUCAGCAAACACAUUAAGACGCACAACGGGGGAGGCGGGGGCAAAAAGGGCAGCGACAGCGACACGGACGCCAGCAACUUGGAGACGCCGCGGUCCGAGUCGCCGGACCUUAUUCUGCACGAGGGCCGAGGCAAGGACUCCGCAGCGGGGCCCAACGACUCCUAG